AUGGGUAAUGCUACAGAGAUUGUGGCUCAGAUGAGAAGAGAGCUGGAUAAUAGGACAAUCUACAUUGGGCACCCACCUGUUUGGGGGACUGAAGCCUUGCUUCCACCUAAGUUUUGUGACAACAGAAUUAUCUCCUCUAAGUAUACAAUCUGGAACUUCCUCCCCAAAAACCUUUUUGAACAAUUCAGAAGAAUUGCCAAUUUCUAUUUUCUCAUCAUCUUUUUGGUUCAGGUAAUAGUAGACACACCUACCAGUCCUGUGACCAGUGGUUUGCCCCUGUUUUUUGUAAUCACAGUCACCGCCAUUAAACAGGGCUAUGAAGAUUGGCUCAGACAUAAAGCUGAUAAUGAGGUGAACAAGUACCCUGUCACUGUACUUGAAAAUGGCAAGAGAAAUCGCAAAGAAAGCAAGAAUAUCAAGGUUGGGGACAUUGUGGAGGUCACAGAAGAUGAGACAUUCCCUUGUGAUCUUAUUCUCCUGCAGUCAAGUCGAGAUGAUUGUACUUGCUUUGUUACUACUGCCAGUCUGGAUGGAGAGUCCAACCACAAGACUCACUUUACUGUAUGUGACCGCUGGGAAAAGGAAAUAAGUUUCCUCAGUGCUACCAUUGAGUGUGAACAGCCACAACCAGACCUCUACAAGUUUGUUGGCCGAAUACACAUUUACAAAGAAGGCCAGGAUUCCACAGUGAGAUCACUGGGUCCUGAAAAUCUCCUGCUUAAAGGUGCUACUUUAAAAAACACCAAGAAGAUCUGUGGUGCUGCAGUUUACACUGGAAUGGAAACAAAAAUGGCUUUAAAUUAUCAGGGAAAGUCUCAGAAACGUUCAGCAGUUGAGAAAUCCAUCAAUGCCUUUCUCAUUGUGUAUCUUUGCCUUCUUCUCAGCAAGGCUCUUGUUUGCACCACACUCAAAUACAUAUGGCAGAACAAGUAUGGAGAUGAUGAGCUAUGGUAUAAUCAGAAAACGCAGAAAGAGAAGAAAACCUAUAUGUUCCUGAGGAUAUUUACAGAUUUUCUGUCAUUCAUGGUCUUAUUUAAUUUCAUCAUUCCUGUGUCAAUGUAUGUGACUGUUGAGAUGCAGAAGUUCCUUGGUUCCUUUUUUAUCACUUGGGACAGAGAUUUUUUCGAUCCUGAAAUUCAAGAGGGUGCUCUGGUUAACACGUCUGAUCUUAAUGAAGAACUGGGACAGGUAGAAUACAUAUUUACAGACAAAACAGGAACUCUGACCCAAAACAACAUGGAGUUUAUCGAAUGCUGUAUUGAUGGUUUUCGCUAUAACUAUCGUGAAUCUAGCACAGAGUUAGAUGGCUUCUGCACAACAGAUGAGCCCAUCAGCAAGCUUCAUGAGAAAGCUGGUCGGGAAAAGGAAGAACUUUUUUUGCGGGCAUUGUGCUUGUGCCACACAGUUCAAAUAAAAGAAGCUAGCGAAAGUAGCCAGGUGGAUGGGGUUGAUGGACUUACUGAUGUCACCUCAGAUGACCAAUGCAGUUAUAUUGCUUCUUCUCCUGAUGAGGUGGCUCUGGUCAAAGGUGCCACCAAAUAUGGGUUCCGAUUCUUAGGCCUUGAAAAUAACUGCAUGAAGGUUGAGAACCGAAGCAGAGAUGUAGAGAAGUAUGAGCUCCUCCAUGUGCUGAAUUUUGACCCUGUUCGUCGAAGGAUGAGUGUUAUUGUGAAAACUAAGACAGGUGAAAUUUUAUUGUUCUGCAAGGGUGCUGAUUCUUCUAUGUUUCCAAGAGUACAAGAAGAAGAAGUGGAGAGAAUCAGAAUGCACGUUGAACGCAAUGCCUUAGAGGGAUACCGUACACUGUGUGUGGCAUACAAAUCACUAACUCCAGAAGAGUUUGAAGUGGUUAAUGGAUUUUUACAGGAGGCCAAGCUUGCUCUACAGGACCGUGAGGAAAAGCUUGCAAAAGUCUAUAAUGACGUGGAAACUGGAAUGCACCUCAUAGGUGCCACUGCUGUAGAGGACAGUCUGCAGGAAGAGGCUGCAGAGACAAUGGAGUCCCUUCACAGGGCAGGAAUGAAAGUAUGGGUGCUCACUGGUGACAAGAUGGAAACUGCUAAGUCCACAUGUUAUGCCUGCAGACUGUUUCAGAAAAGCACAGAGCUUCUGGAGCUAACAGUGCGGUCAUUGGGGGAGGAUAGUGGAAAACGAGAGGAAAAGCUACAUGAGUUGCUCUUAGACUACCACAAGAAGGCAGUUCAGGACCGACCCAAGAGCAAAGGUGGUAUAUACAGGAGCUGGUCCUCUAGUAUCCCAGAGUUUGGUUUAAUCAUAGAUGGCGCAACACUAUCUCUCAUUUUGAAUGCUACCCUUGAUACCAACGCAAACCGCUAUAAAAGUCUCUUCCUACAGAUCUGUCAAAACUGCAUGGCAGUGUUGUGCUGCCGAAUGGCUCCACUGCAGAAGGCUCAGAUUGUAAAAAUGGUGAAGAACUCGAAAGGUGGUCCUAUCACAUUGUCAAUAGGAGAUGGCGCUAAUGAUGUCAGUAUGAUCCUGGAGGCACACGUUGGCAUUGGAAUAAAAGGUAAAGAAGGGCGUCAGGCAGUUCGAAACAGUGAUUAUGCUAUUCCAAAGCUAAAACACCUCAAGAAACUGCUCCUGGCUCAUGGUCAUCUCUACUAUGUUCGAAUUGCUCAUCUGGUGCAGUAUUUCUUCUAUAAGAACCUGUGUUUCAUUUUACCUCAGUUUCUAUACCAGUUCUUCUGUGGAUUCUCUCAGCAGCCCCUGUAUGACGCUGCAUACCUGACAAUGUAUAAUAUCUGCUUCACCUCCAUGCCCAUCCUGGCUUACAGUCUGUUGGAGCAACACAUCUGCAUUGACAGUCUACUGGAAAAUGCUUCUUUGUAUAGGAGAAUUACAAAAAAUGCCAUGCUGCGCUGGGGUCCAUUCCUAUUUUGGACAUUGCUGGGGCUCUUUCAAGGACUUGUGUUCUUUUUUGGGACUUAUCAACUCUUCCAGAAUCCUGCUCUCGAAGACAAUGGCCAGGUGUUUGGAAACUGGACUUUUGGAACGAUAGUUUUCACUGUUCUGGUGUUUACAGUUACACUAAAGUUAGCCUUGGACACACGGCAUUGGACCUGGAUCAAUCACUUUGUGAUCUGGGGGUCAUUGGCUUUCUAUGUCUUCUUCUCUUUCUUCUGGGGAGGAAUUAUUUGGCCUUCAUUGAAACAGCAGCGUCUCUAUUUUGUCUUUGCUAACAUGCUGAGUUCUGUGUCUGCCUGGCUGAUUAUCAUUCUCCUCAUUGUGGUCAGUCUGCUUCCAGACAUUGUGAUUGGGGUCAUUCGGCAGCCACAGGGUCCUGAUCGCCACCAUAUCAAGCGGCGACUUCCUCAUUCUGGGACCUCCACUAUCUUCAUGUUGUCUCAGACCUCCAGUCGCCACAGCUUUUCUUGGAGUGAAUGAGAUCUGCAGUGUUUCAGUGCUGUCCUACAAGAGCCUCAAAGACCAGGGCUGAAUGCCGACAUCUGCAAGUCAUCAUCCAAGCACGGUUCAUGGGUACUGUGACCCCAGCAGUAGCAACAUGAUACGUCAGUACUGAAGCAAUGCAACAUUCUCAGCGAUACUCCACUUCAACAGCAGUGGGCCAUCACUGAACACAUCGUGAUAGCUGCUUUAAUGAGAGGAGCAGUAAUACGACUUACAAUUUGACCAGUAAAUUUUGUUCCAACUGUUACUUUUCUGCUCCUGUUUCUGCCUUACUGGCAAUGUCUGCAACUGACCACUAUUUUUUUUCCAAUGGUUGCCUGUAGGUAUAGCUGUGAAAACACUGUGUAGUCACUGUUUAUUCUUUUUUUUAACAAAUCCUGAAAAACUCACUGACUGCUUUUUUGAAGUUGGAGGUUUCAGUAUCUUUGUUACGAAAUGACAGACAAUUUGUUUUCUCUAACUGUCUGUUGUAUGGCUGUUGUUACAUGUUCUGCUAAGACUUAUGCCCAGGAUCUGCAUGGCUGGAAACCCAGCAGAUUUAAUGUUCUGCUUUAGCCUCAAGCAGGGUGGGUAAGAAGACAUUUUUAUAUGAAUCUUUUUACUGAUUUGAAAGUGUGGCAAAGUACAAAAGAAAAAAGUGCCCCAAUGCUGUAAAUAAUUUAAAGUUCUUUAAUUUGUAAGUUAUAUUUUAAAGUUUGGUGUCAAAGAUGUAAAGAAGAAAUCCCUUGUAAACGCCCAGUACUUCCACAGCAGCAUUUAUCUUUGUCCUCUAAAACGAAGUUUAAAUUGCAUUCUCCUUUUCCCGAAAUCUCUGUCCAUGUGACCUCUGUGCCAUAUGGCCGUAAAUGAGCUGCACAGAUCUGAUUAGUGAAUUUGCCAGUCGUUUGUAUUGAUCAGAAUUGUUUCAUGGAGCAUAACUUCAGUCUAAUGGUUGGUUUAAUUGUGUUACUAUCUGACAGAAACUGUGCAGCACUUAUCUUUACAUACAGGUCAAGUUUUUCUUCACUGGUGAGUAGAUUCGCAGCAGUGCUUAAUUUCGUGUUUGUUAAUGACUAGACAAAGAACGCUUAUUUUACUCCUUAACUUUUGUGUUAACGUGUCAAAGAGGCAUUCACUGAUGUUUUUACAUUUCUGUCCCUUUGUUAAAAGUGACUGAAUCUUUGCCCAUCUAGCUUUAAUUUCAAUAGCUGGCUCCUGGGUUGCAUAAGCACUGCAGGCAUUUUAGCAUAUUCCUAGGGAAAUCAGAAAUUCUGCCGUAAAUAUGUGCAUUGUAUUCGCAAGAGAAAUGUUUCCUAUAACAAAAUGUGGUUAGAUUAAUAUUGGUUUUAUAUUUCACAAUAUCAUUCCUGUCAGUGUUGCGUUUAAACUAUCCUAAUUUCUUAUGAAGAAUUUUUUAUCAUUUUAUUAGUUACCUUUUAUAAAUGCCUAUGUGUACAGAAGCUCUGUUUUUAAAUGCGGAUUUCUUUUUUUCUCUUUGCCUUUGUUCACAUAACAUGUGGUCCGUUUUAGUAGAUGUUGUCUCUUUUGUCCUUGUAUUCUUUUUUUCUCCUACUGUAAUUGAGAAGUUUCACAUCAAAUAGUUGGUCUCACCCACAUUUUCAGGUACUGUUUCCUAAGUGCCGGCAUUGUGCUGCACAAUACAUGAAGGGAUUAAUAUCUUUCAAAGACAAGCUUAGUCUUUUCUGCCCUAUUGUAAGAUGAAAAAUGAACUUUUUGGAUUACAUUUACAGAAUGAAAUGGUGUGUAGGGGGGAGGGCAGGAAAGGUGAUGCAUACUUCAAACAAUAAAUGUGAAAGGAGAAAUGACAUGCACUUCACAUCACUUGAUCAUUGACUAGAUCACUUUCUUAAAUCAUUCUUGCCAAAGCCCUUAUGUGCAGCACCUAGGGACAGAAGCGCCAUAAAAGUGCCUCCUAACUCCAGCGAUUAUGUACUGUAGUGUCUUGGUGCACUAUUGUAACGGCAGACUGUGUAUUGUAAUAUUGUGCAUUUAACUCUCGUGAAUUAUAAAGUCUCCGGAUAAGCAAAAGAGAACUGGCUUGGCUCCCAUUCAGAAAACAUUGUAUUCAGUAUAUGGAUGCAAAUGUGAUGUCAAUUAUGCAAUAUAAGCAAUAUGAAAUUAUCUGUCUUGUACCAAACACAGAGUCAUUAUGAAUUUACAGUACAUACAUUACUUUUGUGCAUACGUAAAAUAUAGUAGUUCAACUGACAGAGAACCAUUUAAGUUAGGCAGCAAAUAAAUAGUAGGAGUCUGAGUGCUAACGUCCGCGCUUGCAAUGAUGUAGUUGGGAGAGCUGCUUAAGGACUACCAUGUCUGUAAAGUGAAGCUCAAGGCCUUCCUCAUUUUUAUACAUGUGGUAACUGGUCCAUUCUACAGUAAAUGACCGUCCUCCUUCACGUCUGAUUCCUCAUGAUGCAUUGUAUUUUAAUUUUAGCUGUUGUCAGUUUACAUUUGUACCAAAGAAAAGAAGCAAUCUUUCCCUUUUAAGACUUAAGAAUUUCACUUGACUGUGAAUCUUAAAACUACUAAAGCCAAUGGGUCACUUCCCAUCAAGUCCAUUGGAAUCACGGUAAGGACUGGCUCUUCGUAGAAUGAUCCUUUUAACUUGUACUGUCAAAGAUGACAUUGGGGCCAAGUCCAUUAUCUAGUCCUCCUGUGUACUGUUGAUAGAGAUCAACCCUGUAGAACGUGGGUCUGAAGUAUCCUGAAAAAUACAAAUAAGACAUCCUCCAAAUGAUCAGACAUCAUCAUUUUUCAUCCUAGCAGACUUAUGAAGUGUACAUCAUUCAACUUUUCUGCUUCCAGAUUAAGUGCGACCGUAACCUGAAGUGAACGCAUUUCUUAUUUCUCAGUGCUUUACACUUCAUUAAACGUAUUGAGUUUGUGUGCAUUAAAGUGUCUGUCAUGAUAAAAAUUGAUGACCAUAGCCUUCUCCUUCAAUGGAAAAUUGAUUUUGUUGAAGACCUGCAUAUUUGUAAUAGUCAUUUUGAAUAAAUUAAUUAAUGCUGAAUGAAUGCCUUUCCUACACCAGUGAUUGCAUGGACUGGUUGCUGGAACUAUCAUGCUACCAUGGCUAAUUAAUCAGUCUGUGCAGAGCUUUAUGAGCUUUUUAGUUUUUUAUUUAUUUAUUUAUUUUGACAGAACACCAACAAAGUCAACUCACUGCCUUGUUCUUUGUUACUUGUGUAGUUUGCCUGCCACACUGGUUACUGCAGGAGCUACCAUCUUACCAAGCGAGCACAAGCCACAGUUCUCAUACCCAUCAGCCUGCAUGUCCAUACAGCUGAGAAAGAAUAAAAUGAUGUGUUGAGGGCAAUCAGAAAACUGGGCUAUUUCUUUAGAAAAUGCAUGAGCACUGGAGAUGAGAGUAUGACAACUGCAUGUGUUACAGAUUAGUUAUUAUGAUGUAAUUGACACUGGUAGAUUGUUUGAAAGGGGGUCCAAACCUGUGCUCAACUUUAAAAACUUGUUUUUUUUUUCAUAAUGUAUAAAAUUUUGUUACAUUUUAUAAGCAUUCAUCUAUUUUUUAAUUAAUGUGUAUUUUAGGUAUGUUCUUGGUGCCUGCACAAUCGAGUCUGUCCUAUGGGUUAUUGAAAUGCAUUCCGGUUCAUAAUCAUGUGUAAUUCCUAAACUUGUACUAUUUAUUGAAUGUGUGAUUCAUCUUUAAUUUUAGAAAGGUGGCCAUAGUGUGUGUAUAUGUGUUUAUAUUACUUCCCAGCUUCGGUGUGAGAACAUUGAGCCGUACUCCCUCUGCUUCUUUAAAGAUUUGUCUUUUUUUAUUCCUGUGGAUUCAAUAUUUUAAAGUUGUCAUGCUGGGUGUGCUUCUAAACCUGGGUGUCAAAAUGAACAUGUACUCGCCCAGGUUUUUUUGUUUUGGACUGUUGUGUAUUAUGUGGAGCACAUCUACCUACCCAUCCAUCCAUCCAUCAAUCAAUCCAGUCUGUCCAUUUUCUGAAUCUGUUUAUUCCAGUACAGGGUCAUGGCGUGGCGUGUCCUGUCCUAUUGUAGGUGAAAGACAUGAAAAUAGUAAAUGGAAUGGUGAUAAAUAUUCAUUAUGUUCUAACAAAUCCAAUUGGUACUGUAGAUAAAUGUACCUGGGGGGAUCAAGAAGCUGUCCUUCAGGCAAGACAACAAUUCUUAGGUGAAACAGAGGAGAAGGAAGUGGGCUACUUGUUAUUUUAAAAAAGCCACUCAUGAAACUGGCAAGGGACAAAUGCAUUCUGUGGAGUAGCAAUAAAGCAAAAUAACCUUAAGAUCUUCAAAGAAUUGUACAUUAGAGUGCAUCUUAAUAUAUAAAUAUAUAAGUAUUUAAAAUUCUGAAUUGAGUAAAAGUUUAAAAAAAGAAUUCUAUUCUGGGAACUAAAUUUACUUUGUCUGCUGCAGAGCUCGAUAACCUGUCAUUUCCAAGAUUUUUGUUAUGUUCAGCAGACUUCAACACUUCUGGGGAAAAACAGAAAACAGGCUACAAAAUUCUUUAUCAGUUUGGUGUCCUGCUUGUAAGGAUAUCCAAUCCAGUCUCCUGUUUUCCUCUGGAAGUAAAAAGAAAAUGAACUGUGCUAUGAAUGUGACAAUGCCUACUGUUUACAUUGCUCAAGCUGAGCAGCUCUCGUUCACGGGUGCGCUGAGCACUCGCGCUGCAGACCACUGUAAUGCUUCAUGAGGUGCCUGUUUAUUAAGGUUUUGCAUAAGCUUGUCAAGGAGUUUGCUCAAGUGGAUGUCUUUUAUGUUGAAAAUGAAUGUAUCUCCAAAAAAAAAAAAAUUUGUAGAUUUUAAGAAAAUCAAUGAAAAUUAAAAAAAAAAAAAAAAAAAAAAA